AUGCAACGUACACCGCCAUCGGCUACUUUUAAAUGUGCAUCCAACCCCGAUAUUCCUAACUCAGCGCUUAAUAUCCGCGAUACUGAUUGCUUUGUUAACCUACGUAAGCGUAAACAACCCGAAUCGGAUAUGGCGAGCUCCGUAGUGGAGGUUGUCGAGCAAAAAAUAAAUGAACAGCUUGCAGCUUGGAAGAAUCGGCUGGACACAAACAUCGCCGAAACCAUAAGAAACGCUGUUAACGCGACACUUGAGCACGAAAUGAGUAAAUUAACCUCGUCUAUUAACAACUCACUGAAAGAUAUAACUACUAGACUGGACGACAUAGAAAAAUCUAUAACCUACUCAGGUGAAAGACAAGAUAAUUUUGAGAGUCGAUUGAAGUUAAUUGAAGAAAAAGUUGUCGCGGGUGGCUCUGUGAAUUCCCAAAUUGCCGCCUUAGAGAAUAAAAUUGAAUCAAUGGAGCAACAGGCAAGGCAAUAUAAUAUCGAGAUUGCUAAUCUCCCGGAACGCCGUAAUGAAAAUCUUAUAACCUUAUUAGAGAAAAUAGGUGCAAUAAUAAAACAUCCUAUCAAUGCCACAGACAUUCUCUCCGCUCAUCGUGUACCCCAUUUUGAUCAGAAAAAUCAACAUCCCAAAAAUGUGAUUGUUAAAUUAUCCUCCAAAAUAUUGCGAGACAACAUAGUUGUGGCGGCGAGGGCAGUAAGAGGAGUCAGAUCUGACCAACUCUCAAUCUCUGGCACUCCGUGUACGAUUUAUUUAAAUGAGCACCUGACUCCAAAAAAUAAACAAUUAUUUCGUUUAUGCCGUGUCGCUGCGAAGAAGCAUAAUUAUAAAUAUACUUGGAUUAAGCAUGGUACUGUACUUGUUCGCCAAACCGAUUCAUCACCAAUAUUUGCAAUACGUAACGAACAAGACAUUGAUAAGAUCAAGUAG